ACGAGUCCAGGUUUAUUAGAGGCGCACAAACAGCCGCUCGGAUCAGUCCCGAGUCAGACUGCGGCCAGAUGUUUGUCCCGCUGUCCCGUUAGAGAGCAGCAGGCGGGGAGAGAGGAGACCUGGGAUGUGGACGGUUACAACUCCGACCAACACAGCUAAGACAAGUCUGGACUUCUGUCCUGCAGAGACACAAUCCCUCCGACUCCGACUGGCUGUCUGGAAACUCUUCACGGAGCGUUACAAUCACUUCUCCAAAGUCUAGGGGGUGAGGGCACGAGUCCUGUCGGAAGUUUGAGAGAUGUCCGAGCCAGAGAAGAGCGAGGACAUUCCUGAUGAGUCUGCAGGAAAAGAAAAAGGAAGUCCAAACGGAGGGAAUCCUGCGAAGAGCGAAGAGGAUUUUAACCUGGCGGCCAUCUACGUGUCAGACGCUCAGUACAACAGGAACAUCUACUUCGACACGUCGCCGCAGGCGGUCAGACUGUAUAUGCGCUACAACCACUGGAUCCCUAAGGUGCUCCUGUACUUCUUCAUCCUGGUGGAUCUGUCUCUCGCCCUCUUCGAGGACCCGGCAAUGUUUCCUCUGCCCAUAUGGGCCACCAUGCUGGUGGAGCUGCUCUGUCUGCUGGUCUUCACUCUUCGCCUGGUUCACUACGCCCAAGUCAUCCCCCGGGACAAGUUCUGGAAAGAUCCCAAAAACAUCUGCAUCAUCGUCAUCCUCCUGCUCUCUCUGGUGGAUAUGAUCAUCUACGGAGCGCUGAAAGCGACCGACUGUUAUGGCGUCCGCUGGUCCAGAGUCCUGCGCCCGCUGCUAUUGGUCAACGUCACAGAGGGGCGCCAGCUCCGCCGAGCGUUCAGAAGCAUCCGGAACGCUCUGCCUCAGAUCUUCUACGUCUUCCUGCUCUUCAUGUUCAGCCUCCUCAUCUUCUCCCUCAUGGCGCUCAAACUGCUGGGCAGACGAGGUCUGAAGACCAUCGAUGGCUCUCCAUACUUCACCAACUACCUGCAGAUCCUCUUCGACCUGUACGUCCUGGUCACCACGGCCAACAGCCCCGACGUCAUGAUGCCGGCGUACAACAACAGCUACGUCUACGCCAUCUUCUUCAUCCUGUACAUCCUCAUCAACACCUACAUCUUCAUGUCCGUCUUCUUGGCCGUCGUCUACAACAACUACAAGAAGUAUCUGAAGGAGGAGGUACGGCAGCUGGUGAGGGCCAAAAGGCACAAGAUGGUGAGAGCGUUCGGCGUGCUGCAGGAGCAGAGGGAGGGGGGCGGCGAGCCCGUGGUGACUCACCACAGCUGGAACCAGCUGAUCCGAUUGGUCCAGCCCGACAUCGGGAACGCCCACCGGGAGCUGCUGUGGAGCGUUGCCGACGACAACAACCAGGGCUGCAUCGGGAAGGUGGCGUUCUCCCAGAUGGCCGACCUGCUGAACAUCGAGGUGAUCACGCUCAAGUCGAGGCCACACCCACUCCACAGUCUAUGCCCCACCCUCUACCUGUCGGCCCCCAGCCGCCUCCUCUGCCGAAUGGUCCAACACCGGGCCUUUGGCAUCGUGUACGACCUGAUCAUCCUGGUGAACGCCGUGUUCAUCGGUCUGGACGAGCAGAAUCCGCUGAUCGCUAACUCGGAGUGGGCCUUCCUGGCCCUGUACCUGCUGGAGAUCCUGCUGAAGCUCUACGUGUUCGAGCCCCGAGCCUUCUUCUCCCGAAACAGCUUCUGGAACUGGUUCGACACCAUCAUCGUGGUCUCGGCUCUCAUCGCCACCAUCAUUAACUCAUCCGUCACGUCAACGGAGAAUUACACCAGUCGUCAGAUCCUGGACAUAGUCUUCAUCCUGCGAGUUCUCCGGCUGAUCCGGGUGGUGGACAGCAUCGAAAGGUUUCGUACAAUCAUCAACACUCUGAUCCGGAUCGGACCGGCCAUUCGCACAUUUGGACAGCUGAUUAUUGUGGUGUACUACAUCUUCGCCAUGGUGGGGAUGGAGCUGUUCAAAGGGAAGGUGAAGUUUUACACCGAGGACUCCAGCGACCCGGAGAAGGCGUUCUGUGGAAAUCCGCUGCUAAAAGGAAGCGAAUUUGCACAACUCAACUACUGCAAGAACAACUUCAACAACGUGGUGUCGUCCUUCGUCCUGCUGCUGGAGCUCACCGUGGUCAACCAGUGGCACGUGCUCAGCAGCGGCUUCGCCACCGUCACCCACGCAUCAGCCCGGCUCUUCUUCAUCCUGUUCCACAUCAUGGUCGUCAUCGUCAUCAUCAACAUCUUCGUGGCGUUCGUGCUGGAGGCGUUCUUCGUGGAGUACUCGGUGGAAAAGAGCGACCUGCAGACGUCUCUGGAGAAGAAGAUCGAGGAGCUGGAGCUGGCUGUGGCACAGGAGAAAUUGGAGGAUAAUUUGGUGAACGCCAUGGAAACCAUGGACAACGACCUGGAAGCCGGCCAAUCGGGGAACACCAAACCCGCCCUGAUGUUUAAAAUCGCUUCAAAAAGAUAUCGGACGGUGGACGCUCUGCUGCAGCGGAUGUUCGAGGCCGAUCUGGACCCCGAAGACUUCGCUGAGAACGACGACCAGACCAACUUUGAGAACCCAACGUUUCAACCUGCGCAGCCUUGAACGCACAGAUCCAUACAAAGGGAACCAGAUUCUAUCAUUUCUAUCUAGUUUUAUCCUCUGCAUCAUCUCACGUGUGUCUAAAUCGGAUGUUUAUCCAGUGAUAUAUUUUUAUAUUCCUGUCUUGUAGCGCUGUGUAGAAACACAUAAAGAAUAUUUACACUGGU